CUUCUAUCAUGGUUCAAUUAUAUUCUACACUUAUACCAAUUGCACUUUCUCUUCUGGCUUCCUUAAAUGUAGUUCAUGCUGCUAAGACAUGUGUGGUCAAAAAGAGUAAUUCAGAUGAUGCACUGACAAUUAUUCAAGCAUUCAACGACUGUAAAGACGGUGGUACCAUUCUCUUUCCAAAAGGUACAAAUUUCUAUCCCAAGACGUUGAUUUCCAUCAGUAAUUUGAAAAAUAUCAAUGUUCAAUUUUACGGUAACUUUGUUUUGCCCAACUACAAUGCACAGUUCAAUGGUAAGCCUGCUUUCUUUGAAUUGAAAGGUGAAAAUAUCAAAUUUGACGGCAAUGGAUCUGGUACAUUUGUUGGCACAGGUCAACAAUGGUGGGAUGCAAAAAAUAAUCAAGGCCCAAUCGUCUUUAGAAUUACUGCCAAUAACUCGGUGUUUAGAAAUUUCCGUAUUUUAGACGCCCCUAACGGUCAUAUGGCAAUGACAGGCUGCGACAAUACAGUUGUAGAGAAAAUUACAAUGAACAGUGUUUCCAAAUCCAAAAAUUUCGCAAUGAAUACUGACGCUUGGGGUUGCGCCUACUCUAAUAACUUAAUCUUCCGUGAUUCUGUCAUUGCAAAUGGUGAUGACUGCACGGCUAUUAACGGAGGAACAAAUAUCACUGUCUCAAAUAUUCAAUGCACAGGCGGCCAUGGUUAUUCGAUUAUCGGCGCACUUGCUACCGACGGCAAAUUCCAAACCUUCAAAAAUAUCAACAUUGUCAAUAGCGCCUGUACCAACUGUUUAGCUGGUCUAACCAUCAAGGCUAGCCCUGGCAGACCAGGUCUUUUAGACGGUGUUCGUUUCCAAAAUAUCAAGUUAAACAAUGUUGCUAAACCAAUUACUUUAACCACACAUUAUUAUUGCGAUGAUACCUUCCAAAGUGCUUGUUACAAAAACGACGGCACGGCUAUCAAGUUCAAGAACGUCUAUAUUGGUGGUAUUACUGGAACUUCAUCUUCAAAGGAUUACCCUAUUGUCAACUUGAACUGUGCCGAUAAAACCCCAUGUGAAAACAUCACUAUAAAAAAUGUGAAGGUCAAAGCAAUGCCAGGAACAAAAAAGAAUGUAUGUAUUAACGUUCUUGGCUCUAACAAAAUGGCUCAAUGUGCAUGGGAGGCAAGCAAAUAGUGAGCAAGCGGUACCACGCAUCGGCAUCUAAUUUUUCUUCUAUAACACAAUAAACAAUUUACCCUUCACUACUAUAGAAAA